GUGGGGCAAAUGUGGCUGAGUCCUUGUGGGAUUUGAGGACCUGGGCUCUUUCUAUUUUUGCUUGAUCUCAGCUGGCUUUUCGAGUUUUCGAGAUUUCGAGUUCUGGGUUUGACACAGAGAUGCAGGAGGAUCACUCCAAGAAGAAUCAAACAGAGAUGGACUUCUUCUCCGAUUACGGUGAUGCCAAUCGGUACAAAAUUCAGGAAGUUAUCGGGAAGGGAAGCUAUGGUGUUGUUUGCUCAGCAAUAGACACACAUACGGGAGAAAAAGUGGCAAUAAAAAAAAUACAUGACAUUUUUGAGCAUAUAUCUGAUGCCGCUCGUAUUCUUCGUGAGAUAAAGCUUCUUAGACUUCUACGACAUCCCGACAUUGUUGAAAUUAAGCACAUUAUGCUACCACCUUCUCGAAGAGACUUUAAAGAUAUCUAUGUUGUUUUUGAGCUCAUGGAAUCAGAUCUUCAUCAAGUUAUCAAAGCUAAUGAUGAUCUGACACGAGAACACUAUCAGUUCUUUCUUUACCAGCUGCUUCGUGCAUUGAAGUAUAUUCACACCGCAAAUGUCUACCAUCGAGAUUUGAAACCGAAGAACAUAUUGGCAAAUGCAAAUUGUAAGCUUAAAAUUUGCGAUUUUGGGCUAGCAAGAGUUGCGUUCAAUGAUACGCCUACGACAAUAUUUUGGACAGAUUAUGUUGCAACUAGAUGGUAUAGAGCUCCAGAGCUCUGUGGAUCCUUUUUCUCUAAGUAUACCCCUGCAAUUGAUGUAUGGAGUAUAGGCUGCAUCUUUGCUGAGGUAUUGACAGGGAAGCCACUUUUUCCUGGAAAGAAUGUCGUUCACCAGCUGGAUUUGAUGACUGAUCUUCUUGGGACACCAUCACUAGAUACCAUAUCCCGGGUUCGAAAUGAAAAGGCAAGGAGAUACUUAACCAGUAUGAGGAAAAAACAACCUGUGUGCUUCGCACAAAAAUUUCCAAAUGCUGAUCCUUUAGCACUACGACUUCUGGAAAGAUUGCUUGCCUUUGAUCCCAAGGACCGUCCAACUGCCCAAGAGGCACUCGCUGAUCCUUAUUUUAAGGCACUGUCAAGAGUUGAGAGGGAACCAUCGUGCCAACCAAUUACGAAGAUGGAGUUUGAAUUUGAAAGGCGAAGGGUCACAAAGGAAGACAUACGAGAACUAAUUUUCCGGGAGAUAUUGGAGUACCAUCCUCAAUUGCUAAAAGACUACAUAAAUGGAACUGAGAGAACUAAUUUUCUCUAUCCAAGUGCUGUGGAUCAAUUUAGAAAGCAGUUUGCACACCUUGAGGAGAAUGGGGGUAAAAGUGGUCCAGUUAUACCGCUUGAACGAAAGCACGUAUCACUUCCGAGAUCCACAAUUGUACAUUCAAAUACGGUCCCUCCUAAAGAGCAACAAAAUUAUGCAUUUUUGAAAGAUCAGAAAAAUGCCGAGGAGGCUUACAGGAAUUCAAGGGAUUCGGAAGCAGUUCAUGUAAAUCUAUCAAGAACCAUGCAAAUACCACACAGAAUUUCUUUGGCCAAACCAGGAAGAGUUGUUGGACCUGUUGCACAAUACGAUAACGGGAACAUGAUGAAAGAUGCCUAUGACCGGAGGACACUAGUUAGAGGUUCGGUACUUCCCCCUCAGGCUGGCCCUCCUGCUUAUUGUUACCACAAGCCCAGCGCUGGAAAUCAAGAAAGAUCUGCAGUGGAAGGUGAGAGGGACUUGUCCUUGCAAGCCAAGCAAGCUGCACAUUGUGGCAUGGCAGCGAAAGUGGCACCAGAUGUAGCUAUCAGCAUAGACUCCAACCCAUUUUUUAUGACUCGGGUGGGAGUCCCUAAAGUGGAACAUGAUGAUCGAAUUGCUAUUGAUACCCACUACCUGCAGACAAAGGCUCCAUAUGGUGGGAUCGACGCUGCUGCUACCACUGCAGCAGCCCACCGUAAGGUUGGGACUGUUCAGUUUGGCAUGUCAAGGAUGUAUUAGAGAGGGAUCGAAAAGCACGCCAAGGGAGGUUGUGAGGAAGGCAGCCAGGUGAGGCGGUGCUUUCCUUAAAAGAGCCAACUUUCUCUGGUUAUGUUUAGAUACGAGUACGUUUAUCUUUCGUUGAAGAAACUAUAUGUCAGCAAAGGUUAUACAAUAAAAUUCAGAAACGAAACUCUCUUUGCUUUUGA